CUCGAACCACGACGUCGAGGCACGCGUUCCUUCCUUGACGACCGUCCACUGGCGUUGAUUUUCCCUGUGGUCAUGUCUGCUUCCCUGCUCCCUCUGGCAGGCGCGCCCGCGCCCGCGCGGGGGCGUCUUUUGCGACAGACCGUCGAUCCCCGCAAAUCGAUCUGGCAAGCUGCUGUUUUGAAGUACGAGAUGGAGGUCAGCACCAAUCUAUUCUCCCCGGACGUCCCUUGCCUGGACUCCAGCGCGGCCAUCUUCGACUACCUGACACGGUGCGAGGACUCCUUCAAGUCCUUCCGAGGGGAUGGCCUGCAGAGGCUGCGCGAUCGUCUCUGCCCGAUAGCUGGUGUAGUGGAGAUGUUGUGCGGGGCUCUCGGGGAAGGGUUUGCGGUGGCGUUCUCGCCUAGCAAGGCGAUCUUCUCUGCCGUCGGUGUACUGCUCAAGGCAUCGCUGAGGGUUAGAGAGGAGUUCGAUGCUGUCGACGCCGCCCUCGAGACUAUACGAAAUCACUUGCGCAUCCUUCAACCCCUCACGCGCGACCCCAUCGACGAUACUCUGUUCGAAGCCUCCGUCGAGCUGCUCGCCCAGAUUCUAAUUGUCCUCGGCGUAAUCACGAAGCUACAGAAGCAAGGACGAAUGAAGGCAUGGAUCAGGCAGCUAUGUCAGACGAAGGACGUUACCUCCGCCUUAGACGAUCUCGGACGGCUGGCGACAUGUCACCAUGCAGCCGUGUCGGCUGUAGCGCUAGCUACGUCGCAGAGAAGCCUUAGCGUGCUCGUCGAUACUGUCGCCUGGAUGGCCCAAGAACGAGAUAUAAGUCGGACGUACCUCAUCUGCAUAACCAAGCUUGCGCAGGAUGUCUAUGGAACCGCCAAGAGCAGCCGGAGUAUCCUCGAAAGCAUACAAAAUACGCUGCUUCACCACAUCAGUGUCAAUCAGGACGAUAAAGGACUUCGUGACUUUGACAAGCUUUGCGUGUGGCUUCAUUACCCGGACUCAUCUCUCAGGAUGGACCAGCUCUUGCGAGACCGCGCGGACUCAACCGGCUCUUGGUUCCUGGACGAUUCGACUUACUCUGCUUUCAAGGCGGGCAAGGAGCGCACGAUCUGUGUGUUGGGAAAAGCCGGAUGUGGAAAGAGCACUGUGAUAGCGGCAGCUAUCCGGGAUCUUCAGGCGUGGUGUGCGAUAUCCCAUGCGCCAUCGUUCGUCAUCAGCCAUUUCUUUGACCUUACGAACUCCUCGCAAUCAAGGGAUCUGCGAGCCCUGCUAUCUUCGCUCCUUUGCCAGAUCGCGCGCAAUUGGCUCGAUGCCGUCCCGAUCUUGCUCAAGCUUCACGCGGAGAGCAUGAUGGGGCAUUCUCAGCCGCCUCUCGAUGCCCUCCGACGUUGUAUAGGCGCAGUCAUCCGGACUAUCAGCACGAGAGUCUUUGUGGUCAUCGAUGCGCUGGACGAGAUUCAAGACGCCGCUGAAAUAUUGUCUUUCCUCGCAGAGCUACGUGCGCACGACAAUGUGUCGCUUCUCGUGUCUAGCCGCGAGAUCCCGUAUCGUGAUGAGUUGACUUCCUUAUGCGGUUCCACAAACACGAUGGACGAGGAUGUUGUGACAGGCGACAUCGACAUUGUACUUGACCGUCUUCUGUGUGAAGGCGGCGCUUUGUCCGAGGUCACAGACGUAGAACUCGUCCGUGAAGGGUUACGGACAGGCUCUGAUGGAAAUUUUCGCUGGACUGUGAUACAGGCAAACGAGCUGGCGCGUGUGGCCUCGAUACCCGCCAAGCCUUCGUCCAGUACUGCAGUGCUCUCUUUAGUUGGGUCGACCUUCAUCACCAUCCAAGAUGGCGAAGUUCGUCUCGCCCACGCCUCGGUCAAGGAUUAUCUCCUUUCCAUCCCGAGCUCGUCGCAGUUUCACGUGGACAUCAAUAUCGCACACUCCCUCAUGUCCUCGCUCAAGGCGGGCCUUAUCUUCACCACAUGA